GGUUAUUGAAUUCUUCGAGAUAGGUAGAAUGUUACGCCAAUGGAACUCGACUCUGAUUGCUCUUAUCUCCAAGCAUCGGGUUGUCGAGCACCUGAAACACUUCCGUCCGAUUUCGUGCUGCAACACCACCUACAAAGUUAUCUCCAGGAUUAUGGCCAAGAAGCUACGCACUAUCUUAGAUCAAGCAAUCUUCCCGAAUCAAACAGCUUUUGUUCCGGGAUGCUCUAUCACCGAGAACAUUCUUCUAGCAACAGAGCUCAUCUCGGACUUCAUAAAAGGGGCAGGCCCUCAAAGGCCUUACUUAAGAUUGACCUUAGUAAGGCUUUUGACACAAUUGAUUGGCGGUUUAUCCACACCAUUCUCACGGCGAUGGCUAUCCCGCCAAGAUUCACGUCUUGGGUUAUGGAUUGCGUGACUACAGCCUCAUAUUCCAUCUCUUUCAAUAGUGAGAUUACGGGCUUCUUCAAAGGAGAGUGAGGUUUAAGGCAAGGUGAUCCCAUCUCUCCCUAUCUCUUUGUUUUAACAAUGAAUGUCCUCUCUCCAAUGUUGAACUCUGCUGCUUCUGAUGGUCGUAUAUCUCUGCCUCCGAAAUGUCGGAGUCCCUUGGUAUCUCACCUUUGUUUUGCUGAUGAUAUCUUAGUAUUUUUGGACUGCUCGUCUCAUUCUCUGGCCACCGUUCUUGAUAUCCUUGAUGGCUUCUAUACUUCAUCUGGCCUAAAAGUUAAUCGGAGCAAGACCUGUAUAUUUCUAGACGGUGACGACCCGACUCAGGCUUCGAAAAUUACAGCAAGUCUGGGAAUUACACAAGCUUCUCUACCUGUUCGUUAUCUUGGCUUACCACUGUCGUCCUCGAAACUUAGAGAGGGGGAUUAUGCCAUCUUACGGGAGACUGUCCAUGCUCGAUUCAACUCAUGGACUGCAAAGCACUUGUCGUUUGCGGGACGGUUACAGCUGAUACAAUCUGUGAUAUAUAGCAUCAUAACAUUUUGGGCUUCGACGUUUAUUAUCCCUAAAAGUUGUGUGACUGUGAUUGAACGCAUAUGUUCGACCUUCUUAUGGAAAGGUACGGCAGAAUCGGCUCGCGGUGCAAAGAUUGCAUGGAGUAGUAUAUGUCAGCCUAAACGUCAUGGGGGCCUAAAUAUCAAGAGGAUAGGAGUCUGGACAAAAUUCUUUGUCUAAAACUUAUCUGGAAUUUGUUUGUAAGAGGGGGAUCUUUGUAGGUUGCUUGGACUUGGGAGAACCUUAUCAAGCGGAAACCUUUCUGGUUGGUGGGAGCUCAAGGUACAGGCAGCUGGGCCUGGCAUCGCCUUCUUAAGCUCCGCCCUCUGGCACGACAGUUCUUAUGGUGUCGGCUUGGCAACGGUAAGAGAUGCAGCUUCUGGUUUGAUAGUUGGCUUCCCUCGGGGCCCUUGGUCAUGGCACUUGGGGACUCGGGUCCGCUCCAGCUGGGCAUUCCGCGACUGUCAUCUGUUGCAGAUGUCUUCUCCGCCUCAACGGGUUGGCGCCUUCCCCCACCAAGGAGUGACACCGUUGAGCGUAUCUAUGGAGAGCUACUACAACUUAUACCCCCCUCACCCUCAGGUCCCAAUGACUCUUUCUACUGGUCUGAUACUUUCUCUUUUACGGCUAUGCCUCGCUUCUCCACUAGCAAGGCUUGGAAGCAGAAUCGAUUAGUGUCUCCAGUUGUUUCCUGGCAUAAGGAUCGACAAAUUGCUUGGGGUUUGGAUGUUUCUCAUGUUUGCGUGCUUUGCGAUGAACAUGUUGAAACUCUUGAUUACCUUUUCUUCCGAUGCCGCUACUCUUCGGCGCUUUGGCCUUCUAUCCUGCGGUCCUCCUUCACUCCGACAGCACUUGCCCAUUACUUAACCUGAGCCACUGAUGAAUAUGUAACUGCGGUUGAACUUUGUAUAUUUGGUUGUUUUUAUAAAAUUACAGUUAACAAAAAAAAAACUUAACAAGCAUGUUGUUCAAUCCAUCGAGGUAUGUACGUACGUACGUAUAGUAUUAUACGUACAUAUAGUGUUGUACAUACGUACAUA